CCUGAAGGUUGGUACUGAGAGACAGCACUUGGACAAAGCCAGAAUCUGUGGCAGGGCGUUUGCCUGCCCUAGCCUUGUUGGGCUGCAGCAAGCCCCUCACAGGAUUACACUGCAGAGCUGUGGGAAAGGGAGCAUCCAAUGCAGCUUCCCUGUAGGAGAGAGGGGCAGUGCCCUGCUGGGACCUUCUUGGUUGUAGGUGGGGCUGGUACAGUGUUGAACUUGCUCCUGCAGGGUGGGAUUUGGAGAACCCAGCAGUCUGGCUGCCACAGAUCCAGCCUGGGAGCCUGGUUUGAACUCCAUGGGAGCAGCAGAUGGGCUAGGCCAAGCCACAAGUAUCACCCGCGGGGUUCAGGGCUGCGGGGACACUGCUGUGCAUGAGGCAGGCCCAAAUGAGGAGCACCAUUGUUAUUUGCUCAUCUGAAUUUGUCACAAGCACGCUGGCAAUUGGCAGAUGUGGCCUGCAGCUGUUGCAGGUGGGUCUGGGCGUGCAGCUCUGCUCCAGCUGCUCGAAGAAGCCAGGACCAGCAAGCAGCAACGCCGGCAGAAUGAGCCUGAAAGCUCAGAGAGCAGGUGAGAGAUCUGAUUGCUGGGAGGCAGAUGAGUUCAUUGGAGAGCUGUUAACUUAAUCUUCUGAAGAGAGCGGAAGGGGAGGAAGCAAGGGAGGUUUCCACCACUUUCACUAGGGCUGACAGUGCCUGCAGCUCCACCCAACUUCUUUCCGCCUCUGGAGAAGCCUUGUUGACUCCUGGGAAGUCGUGGCCUUCACAGCACCACAGGUCCCUGCAGAGCCGUCCUACCAGGUAUGAGGUGACUAUUCAGAUGCUAUGACCAGCACACGAAGAGACUGAAACACAGCAUUGUGUGUACACAAGCAAAAUGUCCUUCCAAGCAAAACACAAAUCAAGAACUAUGCACACCUGGCAAGCGUUGGCCAUCUACAUGGUCUUAGCUGCAAACCUCACCGAACAGCAAGCACUGAAGCAGGCUUGUCCUUCAUGCGAUGCCAGUCAGCUUUGCAACUGCUCCUCCAUGGGCUUGGCCUUCAUUCCCCCUGGGCUCACGGCCAAAAUCACAGUGUUAAACCUGGCCCACAACAGGAUAAAGGGCAUCCAGUCCCAGGACCUGCAGCAGGCUGUGAACCUGAGAGCCCUGCUGCUGCAGUCCAACGAAAUCAGCUCCAUAGAUGAGGACUCCUUUCAGUCCCUGGCAAAACUGGAGCUCUUGGACUUAUCAAAUAACAGCUUGGCUCACUUGUCCCCUGUGUGGUUUGGGCACCUUUUUUCACUCCAGCACCUCUACCUUCAAGGCAAUUCCUACAGAGACCUGGGGCAGAGCUCCCCCUUUUCUAGCCUGAGGAACCUGAGCUCUCUCCACCUGGGCAGCCCGCAGCUCUCCGUGAUAAGGCAAGGGAACUUUGAGGGCAUUGAGUUUCUGCACAGGUUGUGGAUUGAUGGCAGCAAUCUCAGUCAGUACGAGGAGGGAAGUUUGAAAUCAAUUAAGGAGAUAAAUCACAUGAUCAUAAACCUAAAAGAUAGUAAUAUAUUCUCAGAAAUUGUUAGGGACCUUCUGCACUCUGUCACUUGGCUAGAAGUGACAGAAAUCAAAUUGCCAGUUGAAAAAAAAAGCUUGGUGCAGAAUUCUACACGUCCUUUUAGGUUACAAAAACUUACAUUUAAAGAAGCUUUCUUCACAGAUCAAACGAUUAGCCGAGCAAUAGUGUUACUGAAGGAAAUCACCUCUUUAAAACAGUUAGAAGCAAUCAAUUGUGUGCUUGAGGGGAAAGGAAUAUGGAACACUGCCGAAAUUGCAAAGAGUGGGGAAAGUUUUGUUGAAACAAUAACAAUAAUAAAGGUAAUGAUUCAGAAUUUUCAUUUGUUUUUUGACCUGGAAGGUAUGGAGUCACAAAUAAACAAACUAAAAAGACUCACUAUUGCAAGCUCUAAUGUCUUCAUGGUGCCAUGCAAACUUGCAAGACAUUUUUCAUCACUUCUGUAUCUGGACUUUCAUGAUAAUUUGCUUGUAAAUAAGCGAUUAAAUGAGACAAUCUGUAGAGGUUCCUGGCCUUCAUUGCAAACUUUAAAUUUAAGUCAGAACUCUCUAAAAUCUCUGGAAGAAACUGCAAAGUAUACAUCUCGUCUACCCAAUCUGAAUAAUCUUGAUAUUAGCCAAAAUAAUUUUGGUGAGAUUCCAGAUGUGUGUAAAUGGCCAGAAAAUCUGAAAUAUUUAAAUCUGUCCAGCACUCAAAUUCCUAAAGUAACAAGCUGCAUUCCUGAAACGCUGGAAGUUUUGGAUGUUAGUGGAAACAACCUGAAGGAGUUUGGACUGCAGCUCCCGCUUCUGAAAGAGCUGUACCUCACAAGAAAUCAGCUGAAGGCCCUGCCGGGUGCUGCACCCAUUCCAAAUUUAGUGGCCUUGUCCGUCAGAAGAAACAAGCUGAACAGUUUCUCCAAGGAGGAGUUUGAGUCGUUCAGGAGAAUGGAGCUGCUGGAUGCCAGUGACAACAACUUCAUCUGCUCCUGCGAGUUCCUCUCCUUCGUCCAGCACGAAGCCGGGAUAGGCCAGGUGCUGGUGGGGUGGCCGGACAAGUACGUGUGUGACUCUCCGCUGGCGGUGAGAGGGGCGCAGGUUGGCGCCGUGCACCUGUCCCUGAUGGAGUGCCACAGGUCCCUGGUGGUGUCGUUGAUCUGCGUGCUGGUGUUCCUGGUCAUCCUGCUGCUGGUGGCCGUCGGCUACAAGUACCACGUGGUCUGGUACCUGCGGAUGACGUGGGCGUGGCUGCAAGCCAAGCGGAAGCCCAAGCGCGCCCCGCCAAAGGACGUCUGCUACGACGCUUUUGUCUCCUACAGCGAGAAUGACUCCGACUGGGUGGAGAACACCAUGGUGCGGGAGCUGGAGCAGGCCUGCCCUCCCUUCCGGCUCUGCCUGCACAAGCGGGACUUUGUGCCUGGGAAGUGGAUUGUGGACAACAUCAUCGACUCCAUUGAGAAGAGCCACAAAACGCUCUUUGUGCUGUCCGAGCACUUUGUGCAGAGCGAGUGGUGCAAAUACGAGCUGGACUUCUCGCAUUUCCGCCUCUUUGAUGAGAACAACGACGCGGCGAUUCUUGUCCUCCUGGAGCCCAUCCAGAGCAAAGCGAUUCCCAAGAGAUUCUGCAAGCUGCGGAAAAUCAUGAACACAAAGACUUACCUGGAGUGGCCUGCAGGGGAAGAGCAGCAGCAGAUCUUUUGGGAAAACUUGAAAGGAGCCUUGAAGUCAUAGAAGUUAACAGCCCCCAUUUCUACAUAUUUCCACAAAAGGCCAUAUUACACUGUUUCUUGCUGCGUGGAAUAUUUUCUUUCUUAUUUUUCUUUGUAACUGCAACUAACUUUGUUGUGUAUAGGGAUAAUUGUAAUUUUACCAACUGGAAAAGACCCGUUUUAGGCUUUCCAGUGUUUUGAUACUCUGGUCUUUAAAAGUCCCUGCCAAUAACUAUGAUAUUCGGAAACACUGUUGGACUUUAUAUACAUUUUACUGAGGGUGAGGUGUUUCUGUACUUUUUACUCCUGUUACUAUUAUCCCAACUAGUUUCUAACAAUGCUGUUGUAAUGUGCAAAUAAAAUUAAAAGCCAUGGGCUUCAAUCAGUAUUCCCCUGUGUCCAUUUCUUCCUGGGAAUGCUUGUUUGUCUCUUCAUGAUCACCAUUUUCUUUCUACCCACCCACAGAAAUAGGUGAAGCCUUCUAUUUUUGGGUGUGAGACUGUGUUUCUAAUGCAUGGACUAGAUGGUGUUGUAGACUAGCUCAGUUCUUAGUUUUGUUCUUCUACUUUGCAGAGCAUAUUUAUGUAAUCACUGGGCCAUGCACCUCUUACAGCUCUACUUAUCUUCCUUUGUAGUUGGUGAAGAAAAUCACAGGGAUAAGAGGCAGUUCAUCUCUCUACUUCAGUGUGAGGUAUCUCCUAGAAUUACAUAUUGCUCUUCACUGAUUGCAAAGGGAGUCUAAACAAGCAGGUAGAUGUUAAGGUAGUUAGUUCCAUGCUGAGUGCUUGGAUUUCUUGGGUUUUAGAGGUUCUUAUGGGAACAUGAAAUUGUCUCUGGGGGGAUUAAGUUGUGUGUUUUCUCUAACUCAACAUUUUCAUGUUUCCCUUUGCUUGUUUUGCUGGAGUUUAAGUACAGAAGAGUCUAGAUUUUGAUUAAAUUUUAAACAUGAAAUUAUUUUGUAGUGAAAUACUAAAACCUUGGCAGAUGGGCUAUUUGAAAAUAGCAAAAUUUGCAUACAUUGUCUGUUGCUAUAUUUAUACAUCUUCAUCUUCUUGUAUAUAUUUGUAUAUGUGUGUGUGUGUGUAUAUGGACUUUUGUAAAUAUGUAUCUAUUCACACUCCUGUGUGUGUGUUUACAUGUGUCUACAUGAGAUAAUUUC